AUGGUUGAGGAGUUGGCUUUUCUUGUCAAGGACAAUCUUCCAUGCAAGCAUCUAGUUCUCACAAUGGAAGAAGCUUUGGUUAACUUUCUUCAGGAUGAUCACACUAGUUCAGAUGGGAUCUUGGAAUUGGAGCCAAUGAACUCUUACAACCGUCUUCUCUUGCAUCGCCUUGCUGAGAUAUUUGGGUUUGCACAUGAAUCUGUUGGUGAAGGAGAUGACCGCCAUUUGAUUCUGGAGAGAUGUCCAGAUACAUCCAUACCUCCCAUCCUUGUUAGUGAUAUCCUUUGGAAGUAUGAUGAACCUCAAUCUUUAGUUACAUCCCACCAGAUAUUAAGGAGAAGCGAAGCCUCUCCAGUCUUAGGGACAAACAAGACAUCCUUUUCACAGUCACUGGAGGAGAGAAAAGCAGCUUAUUUAAUUGCUCGGGAGCGAAUUUUCUCUGGAAAAUUGGAAGAGCUAAAAGAGCCUGGUGAACAAAAGCCUCGGAGUGUGCCUGUCGUUGCUCGCAGAAUGAUUGCUCAUGCGCUAGGUCAAAGAAUUCAUACAAAGAAUCAGAAUGGCUUGGCUGGUGACAGUAUGAAGGAUAGAGUCAUCACAGAUGAAUUUAAUGCUCAAGAUAAGCAUAGGGAAAAGUCCAAUCUCAAGAUAGAUUCUGGAGAGGCUUUACACCUAAGAAGGAAUUCAAACAAUAGAAUAAGAAACAUUAGCGAUUCUAACACAGCCUCACUUAGAAGGAAUGAUCAAACAGCAGUUGACAAAGAUUUGCUUCUAUUCUCUCAAGAUAGAAAACAAGCACAAAGUUUGAAUAAAGACUACUUAAAAAAGGAGCACUUGGGAGCUGCAAAGAGAAUGUUUGCUCAUGCUUUAGGAGUGCAAUCUGGGAAGGAUGGUUCAGUUCCUAGAAAAAGUGGAGAAAUAAAGAAGAAUUAA